UUGGAACCAUCUCUCAUUUGGAACUCCCUUCCUCCUGGAAUCACAAUUUGAAGAAAAUUUGCUCGCAGAAGUUGGCUGUGGAACUAUUUGUCGAGCCCUCAGUUCUGUCUUGCUCCAGAUUUUCUCAUUGUGUAAUCGAGAGUUGUACGGCUCACAUUGUUGUGAUAUUUGUGCGCAGUCGAACAAGUCGAAGUGGACGUCUUCCUCGCCUUCGCCCUCGCCUUCGCCUGGCAGCCUUGCGCCGAAAUGUCCGUGGUCGAAAUGGAUCUCUGGCCCGUCAACUUCAACAACCAUCAGGAUAAUGGUCCAGGUCAAGGUCAAGGACCACAGCCAUACACACAGCGGGUGUGGCUCGCCCUGGCCAUGGGCCUGAUGGGCCUGUUCAGCUUUCACUACGCCAGCAUUCUGCGAAGCGUGUCCAUCAGAGGCAGCAUGAUCGUGGUCAGCGUCAUCUGUGUCGUCCUUUACUUGGUGAUCCGCGGCACUCUGGGCCCCGCCGAAGUGAAGGAGUGGCUGGACGCGAUAUUGGAAGAGCCUUGGCUGACUAUCCACGACGUGGAGGCAACUCAGCGUGCAACGCGCCGAGCAAUCAAGCAAUGCAUCGCCACUGGAACCUAUAUGAUGUGGCAGACGUCACGUCUACUGCCAGCAAUCCGUGUGGCUUGCCUUCGUAGGCUGCACGUGCUCUGCUCGGCCAUCGAUUUGCCACUACUCACGAAGAUCUUAUACUCUAGAGCCUUUGUAGCAGAAGCCCUGCCCAGUCGAAUUCAUGCCGCGUGGCGCGGCAUUCGUAACCAGAUCUCGAACCGACAUCAAGUGAAUCGAUUCUCUGACUUCUCUGACUUCUAUGACUCUGUCCAGUCUGGUGCAGCGGAUCCAUCCAGCGAGGCGUCCCACAAUGAACACAAGCAAUCCCCAACUGUGCCGCCAGAAGAACUGUAUGGGGAAUCAACUGUGCCACACUUCCUCGAUGAUCCAACCAGUAGCCUCGAAACCCAUGAUGAAUUCGUUCCAAAGUUGAAGAGUUAUGGAGCAUGCUGAAGCGUGCAAUCAGACCGAAUAGUUAUAUGUAUUUAGUGUUUAUUUUUUGUUAUGUUUUUUUUUCCAGCCCAAAGAGCGCAUGUUUGUUUAUUAAAUUGAUUAU